UAUAUACAAAAGAAAAACAAUGAGUGAUAUUUCAUCAGAUGAAGAAGGAAUUAAUUUUCGUCCUGGAGAAAUUCCCAACAUCAAACCAGGAAUGUUUGUAAGUGGAUGGGAUGAUCCUGAGAAUGAUAUAGGAAUUGAAGAAGAUAAGAGUCCUCAUGUUUCGUUGGAACGUGAAAUUUUGUGGGCUGCAACAGAAGACAAAACUGAAAUUGUUGAGAGUAUCCUAGAAAAGGAUCCAAGUCUUGUCCAUGCUAUGGAUAGAGAUGGUUAUACACCGCUUCAUAAAUCUUGUUACAAUAAUAAUUACGAGCUUGCACAAAUUUUACUUAAAUACAAAGCAAAUCCCGAUAUGAGAACUGAAUAUCAAUGGACAGCACUUCAUUCAGCCUGUAAAUGGAAUAACGCAAAACUAGCAAGCUUAAUGUUACAACAUGAUGCUGAUAUCAAUGCAAAAUCAGAAGGCGAUCAAACACCAUUACACAUAACAACGUCUGUCUCUGCCUGUCGCGACACUCUUGUGGCACUUUUUAUGAAUCCAAAACUCAACUCAAAUCUCAAAAAUAAUUCCGACGAAUCGGCAUUCCAACUUGCCAAACGUUCUGGACUCACAUUUCCAUUAUUUGAUAUGGUUCAUCCCUCACUUUCUGUUGAAACUGGAAUUAUAGAUUAA